ACUGUGUUUCCAGAAGAGUCUCGAUGGUCAGUGUUGCAGUAAAUCUAGUUAAAUCUAGGUUGUGUGUAUUGAGACGCAGCCGUUCCUCUGGGCCGCUAGAGGGCAGCAGCGCGCUGGAGCAGUGCGGCUACAUUCUGCGAAGAAGAACACAUCCCGGAAGUGCAGCUCUUUUCACGUGGAAGCCCAAUUUACUGGACUACGAGCUUUUAUUUUAGUAUAUACAACACGUUUUUAUAGUUUGCAAGUCGCAGCACGCUCUUUCCGUUGAAUUUGUCUGCACUUUGUCAAACUUAAUUGUUCACUUGCUGUGCUGAGUCUCGUGCAUGGUUAGAUGUUAGCUGCAUGCUAACUGUUACAGAUCCUCAGUCUAUCAGGUGCUGAAUGUAGCCCGUCUGCUUAAAGCAACAUGACGGAGGUGUUCAGCAGUAACAGUGAGACGGUGCUGCAGCGCAGUGUGGAUGUGGACGUGAACCUCACUGAAUCAAGCAGCCGGCUUGAAGAUCUACAGGAGCUUUAUCAGCUCAGCGAGACCUGUUCCUUUAUUACCAGUAAUAAUUUCAAAAAGGUAGCUUUGCAGUUUCCUGAUGAACUUCUGGUAGAUAGCAUUGCAGUCUCUGCAGCGUUAGAGAGGGAAACCGAAGCAAAGACUUAUAUUUUAGGUGACACCACCUAUGGCAGCUGCUGUGUGGAUGAAGUGGCUGCCGAGCACGUCGGAGCUGACUGCAUCGUGCACUACGGCCGCUCGUGUCUCAGUCCAUCCAGACGUCUGCCCCUUAUGUACGUGUUCGGGAAGAGACCCAUCAAUGUGCAGGAGUGUGCUGCAGCGUUCAGGGAACUCUACCCUGACAGGGAGACUCACAUGAUCAUAUUGUAUGACGUCACCUACUCACAUGCUAUAGAUGACUUCCAAAGGCUUUUGGGUGACACCUACUCCAACGCUGUGUUCUCUGUUCUAAGAGCUGAUCAUUCACACGGUCAGGUCUAUGGAACUCUCAAAGUUGGCAAUAACUCAAGCUGUCAGGACGAUGGGUUUGUUCAUAAAUUCGGCCGGCAGUUUGGUUUAAAACAAGGAAAGAAUGUGGAGGACUACAGGAUGUUCUACAUUGGCCAUGAGGGUCUUACUCUCACCAACUUCAUGAUGACGUGGAACCGCUGCACCUUCAGUUCAUUCAACCCUGACACAUCGACAGGCCGAGUUGAGUCUAUCAACAUCAAUAAAGCACUGAUGAAGCGCUACUAUGCCAUCGAGCGGGCGAAGGAUGCCAGUGUGGUGGGAAUCCUGGUUGGCACUUUGGGCGUCGCCAACUACAUGAGCAUCAUUGAGCAGCUAAAAGAAAGUAUUCGCAAGGCUGGCAAGAAGAGCUAUAUGUUUGCAAUGGGCAAGAUCAAUGUACCAAAGCUGGCCAACUUCCUGGAGAUUGAUGUGUAUGUGUUAGUUGCUUGUCCAGAGAAUUCACUGCUGGAUUCUAGCGAGUUCUACAGGCCAGUGGUGACGCCGUUUGAGAUGGAAGUGGCCUGCAACAAGCAUCGCGAGUGGAGCGGAGAAUACAUCACUGACUUUCAAGAUCUGCUGCCUGGAGGGAGCAGUCAUGUGGACUUUCCCGAAUCAGAUCAGUCUACUAAUGAUGACACAACAGAUGUGUCACUGAUCACUGGAGCACUGCGCACUUCCUGUUUACGAUCCUCCUCUGAGCCAGCAGAUGGUUCGUCAUUUUCUUCUUCAGUUGUGAUCAGGAAUCAGACUCUAACUGUGGCCAACACGAAUACUGCAGCAUCUUUUCUCGCGGGCCGGAGCUGGCAGGGGUUGGAGCCCAAGCUGGGGGAAACGCCAGUAGUAAAAGCUGUGGAGGGAAGACGAGGCAUCGCUAUUGCUUAUGAGGAGGAGGGUACAGACAGUAAAGACUGCUUGACCUGACCCUAAAACACUAAAAUACAAGAAACAGUCUGGAGUCCAAAAGGAAAUAAGAAAGACCUCACUGCUGGGACACGUUGCAUCAUAUUUAAUGUAAAGCACAGAGGGUGUGUGUUAGUGUAUCAAUCCACUGACACUGGACAGAAGUGAAGUAUGCCGUGUUUAAGCUAAUAUGACUGUCAGAAUUAUUUUCCAUAUACAUGAUGCUGAUAAAGAGAAGGUAUUAUUUAAAUUAAUUUCCAAACCUCACUAUAAAAAUUCCACAAAGGACAUGGAUAUAAACCAAAAGUAAGAUUUUGAUGAGCUGGUGGUGCUAGUAAGCAAUUCUGUAUUGCUUCUUAUGCCCAGGGAUAUAGACUGUGAUCUGUGAGCUUCUACACACAACCAACCAAGUCACAAUCAUGUGUAUGGGGGGAAAAAAUCAAGAACAAACCAGAAACCCAAACUAAAUACAGUGAAAUAGGUGUCCUGGUUGGAGCUUGUAAUUGAAAGCCAGUGAAUAACAGCCAUUAAAGAAAUAUACAGUCAAUGUCUUACUUUUUUCA